CGGCGCGGGCGGGCGGCGGGCGCUGAGGCGGCGGCGGAGCCGGCGGAGCCCACGAGAGAGGACUGAGGGCAGCACUCGUUGCUCCCUCGGCAGCACCGGCCCUGGGACACUCACCAGCUGCAGGAAUUCCGAGGCAGGAGAGUGGCAACGGUGGUGGAUGUGUCCAUGAAUGGUCCCAAGAAAUGAUGGCCGACCAGCCGCCCCCCUUGGAAGCCACACCUCUGUUGAAUGAAGUGCCACUUCUACCUCACAUGGUCAAUGGGGACAGCAUCCAGCAGGUUAUUCUUGUCCAGGUAAACCCAGGUGAAACAUUUACAAUUACAACUGAAGAUGGGCACAUGCAGUGUAUUCAAGGUCCAGCACAUGUCCCUCUGAUGUCACCAAAUGGUUCCAUGCCACCAAUAUUUGUGCCUCCCGGUUAUGUAUCUCAGGUGGUGGAAGAAAACGGAGUCCGGAAGGUGGUGGUGGUGCCCCACUCGGAAUUCCACCCUUCCAUGCAUCCCCCUCCUCCCCCUCCCCCCCACGUGCCCCAUUACAUGCACCACCCCCACGCUCUGCUCCCGCACCCCCCACACCCCGUGUUCCCCCCGGUGGGCACCGGGGAGCUGCCCCCGCAGUUCAUCCACCAGCACCCGCCUCCACACGUGUUCCAGGAGCAAGAACCUCGUUCCCAUGGAAGGACAAACUUCAUCCAGCGGGACGAAAGGAGUCUCAAAAUGCAGGAACACCUGAAGAAGAGACUCCAACAGCUCUCUCCUGGAAUUUCCAGGUGCUCAUGCAACAGCAACAUCAUUAAUUCUCCUUUGUUCAGAGUUUCAGCAACCAGCAGUUCCAUCAAGGAAUCCAUUUCAGAGUUGGUGAGCUUCACUACAGAGAGCUGUGAGCCAGACUGUCCUGCUGCCCCAAAGCUGAUUAACAGAACCAAAAACAGCCUGAGUUUGCAGUGGAAGUCCUCAAAUGACAAUGGUUCCAAAAUAACCAAUUUUCUUUUAGAAUGGGAUGAGGGGAAGAGUGGCCCCUUCAAGGAGUGUUACUACGGGCACCUGAAGCAGUACAAACUCACCAAACUCUCUCCCUCCACCAGAUACUCGCUGAGAUUGGCUGCUAAAAAUGAUAUUGGAAUGAGUGGGUUCAGCGAGCCGGUGUCGUACUACACGGCCGGGAUGGUGCCCCCAGCCCCAGCCCCCCCGCUGCUGCUGGAAGCAGGAGUGACCUGGAUGGCCCUGAGGUGGAUCCCACCCCCUGGGGUGUCCUCAGAUGAUUCCCUCACUUACACCUUGGACAUGGAAGAGGAAGGUUCUGGUUAUGGAUUCCAGCCCCAGUACAACGGAGAUGAGCUCUCAUGCACUUUAAGAAACCUUAGGAGGAGCACAUCCUAUAGGUUCAGGCUCUUUGCCUACAACAGUGAAGGAAAAAGCAGUCCCAGUGAGGUGGUGGAACACAGCACCAAUCCUGACAAACCUGGACCCCCCAGUAAACCAGUUGUAAAGGGCAAGAUCCACUCCCACAGUGUGAAAGUUGUGUGGGAACCUCCCAAAGAUAACGGAGGAUCAGACAUCUCUAAAUACUUUUUGGAAAUCUCGGAAGCAUCAGCUGGAGGGAAGUGGGACACGGUGUACAGCGGGGCCCAGAGGGAGCACGUGUGUGACCACCUCAGGCCCGGCACCUCCUACAGACUGCGAGUGUCUUGUGUCAGUAAAGGUGGGGAAAGCCAGGCCUCCGAUGUGACGACGGUCACGACGUCGGCGGUUCCCCCCGGCCCCUGUCCCGCUCCAGCCCUGGCAGGCAAAGCCAAGCCCAAGGAAAUCCCUCUGCAGUGGGGCCCCCCAGCCGUAGAUGGAGGUUCUGACAUUACAGAAUAUAUUCUGGAGAUGGCAAACUCUGAACAGGAUGAACACAGGGUUGUGUAUCAGGGCCCAGCAACUGAGUAUGUAGUGACCAACCUGCUUCCAGGGAGAACCUACUGCUUCUGGAUCCGGGCAGGGAAUAAAGUCGGGUUUGGCCCCUACUCUGACAAGGCAGAGCUCUCCACUGCUCCGGGCCCCCCCGAGCAGUGCUGCAAACCCCUGAUAACCUGUAAGAGUGCAACCUGUGCUGUGGUUUCCUGGGAGAGCCCGGCGUGCAACGGUGCAGAAAUCAUGGAAUACAGGCUGGACUGGGGCCAGGUGGAAGGAUCCAUGCACAUCAUCUACACUGGCCCUUGCCAGAGCUAUGAAGUCAAAGGGCUCACACCUGCAACCACCUAUUACUGCAGGGUACAGGCUGUGAACGUGGCUGGAGUGGGGCUCUUUGGGGAGACCAGCGUGGUGACCACCCCGCCGUCGGUGCCCGCAGCCGUGGCCGUGCUGCACCUCCUGGAGGAGGAGCAGAUGGAGAUCUCUGCUCCCUUCUCCACGUGCCUUGCAAUCCAGUGGGAAGAGCCCUGCUGCCACGGGGCUGAGAUCACAGGGUACAACAUAGAGUAUGGGGAAAAGCAGCUGGUCACUGUGGGGAGGAACACGACUCAUGUCCUGGAGAAUCUGCUGCCUGACACUCUGUACAGAAUCAGAAUACAGGCCAUAAACAGCCUUGGAGUCGGUCCUUUCAGUCAUUCCAUGAAAGCCAAAACCAAACCACUACCUCCUGACCCUCCUCAUCUGGAAUGUGUGGUCUUCAGCUACCAGAGCCUUAAACUCAAAUGGGGAGAAGGGCCCAGCAGAGCUUUAAUUACCAACCCUACACAGUUCAACUUGCAGAUGGAGGACAGGUUUGGCAGGUUUGUUACAGUUUAUAAUGGUCCCUGUCACACCUACAAGGUACAGAGGCUCAGUGAAUCCACUACGUACUAUUUCCGGAUCCAGGCCUACAACGACGCUGGAGAGGGAGGGUUUUCCCAAGUUUACGCUUUCACUACGACUAAAUCUCCACCUGCAUCUCUUAAAGCACCCAAAGCGAAUCAGCUGGAAGAAAACACUUAUGAAAUCACAUGGGAGCCUCUCCAGCCAAUGAAAGGAGAUUCCAUUGUUUACAUCCUUCAGCUUGCUGCUGGCAGAGAGUUUGAUCAGGUGUACAAGGGCCCCGAGACGUCGUUCCGGCUGCCGGGGGUGCAGUCGAACUGUGAGUACCGAGUGCGGGUCUGCGCCGGGCGGCAGAGCCAGGACCCCGCGGGCCCCCCGGAGCUGCUGGGCCCCUACAGCCCCAGCACGGUGUUCUCGGCGCAGCGGCAGGAGCAGGGCCCCCCCUGCCCCGCCGCCGGGCCGGAGCUGGCGCAGAGCGGGAAGCGGCUGCGCGAGGAGCGGCUCAUCGCCAUCGUGCUGCUCUGCGGCUUCGCCGUCGUCGCCAUCCUCUUCGCCGUCGUCAUCCAGUACUUCGUCAUCAAGUAGGGCUGGGCCCGGCCCUGCUCAGCCCUUUGUACAGAAGCUCUUUCGGGUAUUUAUGGUUAGUCCUAAUGAAAAUCCUAGCUGGGAAUGGCCCCGUGCGUUCCCGCCCUGCUGCUGGCUGCCACUGAGGCUGGGUUGGCAGAUCCUUUCCAAAUGCUGAGCGCACGUUUCUUGUAGAAAGGGUGAUUCUGGGUCCUCUGCAAUCAGGGUGAGCUGUCAGAGAACAGCACUAAACUGCCUUACAGUGCACGCUGGGGGUGUGCACCCUCCUCCUCUCUCCCGAUUCCAGCCACUCGGAGAGGGAAGGCAUUGCUAGAACAGUCCUUUGCCAGCACCACCAGAGCAGCGGGAGGCGAUCGCUGUUCCAUCAGGUUUUGUUGUAGUUGAUAUCCAUGAAAUCCAGCAGCACAAGUGCUUGAGCUUAGAGCAGAACUGCAGAGCCUACUAGAGCAUACCACAUUUACUAGACUGUAGAAGGAAAGCAGAAUAUUGACUUAGUGAUAUUACUACUUUACAGUUAUUUUAAUAUUUGGGGUUCAGUAAUAAUCAUUUCAAGUGUUGGAGUAGAGGGUGCCAGUUUUUUAGAGUUUUAAUCCAAAUCAAUGCCAGCUGGAGCGUGAGCAGGACACGGAGGAAAGGCCCCUGUUGUGACCGGAACGUUCCUGCUGUCCUGAGCAGCUUUGGCCCAAUCCACAUUUCACUCUCAGUGCCUGAGAGAAAAGUAAUUCCCUGUGCAGCGUGCUCAGAACAGCACAGGUGUUGUUGUCUUCAAGGAGAAAGAGUGCAUUUAUGAUAAAUGUUACACUAUUUGGCUCAAACUGAGCAAUUUUUGUACUAUUAUUAACCUGAAAAAUAAAAAGUUCAGCCUGCUUUUGGGUGCCCUUCUAACUUAACCCCAACGAUCAAAUUGUACGUGAGAGAGCUCUUUUUAGAUAACAUUUAUACGAUGUUUUAAACAACUUGCUAUCCCAGUGGUAGCAGCUUCACAUUCCAUGGUUUUCCUGUUGGGAAUGUUCAGCCUGCUAUGAACUUGUCUGAAACUCGUCCUGGUUGGCUGGGGGAUAUUUUUGUGGACACUGUGCACUACAUUUGACUGUUGUGUUCCAUCUGCUUGUGAAUCCCUGAGGAGGAGCCUCACAGCUCCUGGCUCCGUUGGGUAAAGGUUUUGAAAGCUGGAACUCACAAAUUCCCGAUGUUUCAGGAUGGGUCUUGCCAACAGCGUUUGGAAUAUGCCACAGAAAGGUGGAUUUAGGGUGUUUUGCAAAGUCUGUGGCUCCACUUUGUACAUCAGAGCGAUGCACUUGUACGUGGGAGGGUGGAUGUGACAGAGCUACAGGCGCCGUGUUUCCAGUCAUGAACUCACCACCUUGAGGGUCUUUCUCCUACGGCAGUUGAGGAAUAAAGUCGUGUUAGUUUGAGGCAUUGUGUUGUAUUUCAGAUGUGGAAAACCUAAAUUAUGGCCUAGUAAUGCUUAAUCCUCUUCACAGUAGAUUUAUGGUGCAAUCUGAAAUUAAUCUUUUCAAAACGUACUCUUCAUUUUGUACUCUAUUUAUUUUGAUUAAAAGUCCUGGAAAAA